AUGACUUUGGAUCAUAAAUUAGGAAUGAAAAUAGCUUACGAAGAAGCACGGAAAUCAUAUAAUGAAGGAGGAAUACCAAUAGGUGGGUGUUUAAUCAAAAAAGAUGGAACAAUUAUAUCUCGAGGACAUAACAUGAGAGUUCAAAAGCAAUCUGCUACAUUACAUGGUGAAAUUUGUGUGUUAGAAAGAGCAGGAAGAUUACCAGCCAGUGUAUAUAAAGAUUGCAUCUUAUAUACUACUUUAUCAGCUUGUCCAAUGUGUAGUGGAAGUGUUUUGCUUUAUAAAAUACCGACCUUAGUUUGUGGAGAAGAUACAAAUUUCAAAGGCCCACAUGAUUGGUUAGAGCAAAACGGGGUUGAAGUCAUAAAUUUGAAUGAUCAAGAUUGUAAAGAACUUAUGGCUAAAUUCAUCAAAGAGAAACCAGAACUCUGGUAUGAAGAUAUUGGUGAGGAUUAA